AUGUUUGAAGAAAAGCUCCUGGUUGGCGUUGCCACACUCGCCUCGACUGUCGCUGUCAUCUCAUGUUUGGUAGUUAUUCCAUCUCUCUACAGUACUAUUAAUGAGGUUCAUGAAGAGGUGCUCGAUGGCGUAAAGGUAUUCCGCGUGGAAACCGAUGCGGCUUGGGUUGAGAUGCUUGACGUCCAAGUGAUGGUCAGCCCUCCAUCUAAACCAAAAGAAAACCCAUUCAACUCUGUAUUCCGAUCCAAGCGUCAAACCUUCUCCGGUCUCCCAUCCUGGUGCCAAUGCGAGCCAGCUAAGCCACGUUGUCCACCAGGUCCACCAGGACCACCAGGUCGCCCAGGACAACGUGGAACUCCAGGAAACCCAGGACCACGUGGACAAGACAAUCAUCAAGUUCACGCUCCAAUUCAAUGCCCACGUCGUGAUCCAGGAUGCGUCAAGUGUCCAGCCGGACCACCAGGACUAUCCGGACCAUCGGGACAAGCUGGAAGACCAGGACCAGACGGACGUCCAGGGCAACCAGGAAGAAAAGGAAAUGACGGAAGACCAGGACAACCAGGAUCACAAGGAAAUGCCGGACAACCAGGAAGAGAUGGAGGACCAGGACAUCCAGGUCAUCCAGGAAAAGACGGAAGAAAGGGACGUGGACUUCCAGGACCAGCCGGACGACCAGGACAAGCAGGAAAGCAAGGAGCACCAGGUCAACCAGGAAGAAAUGGAGAGAGAGGACAAGAUGGACAACCAGGACCAGGUGGAAGGCCAGGUCAACCAGGAAACAGAGGAUCCGAUGGACAUCCAGGAACUCCAGGAGGUCGUGGUCUUCCAGGACCAGAUGCCGCUUAUUGUGCAUGCCCACCAAGAUCAUCGGUGUUCGUCAAAGCCAAACAUUAA